AUGUCCUCACGUGGCCCUGGAGUGCCCCUGGGGCUCGAUUCCCAGCCCAGCUGCAGCCCCCCGGGGCCUGCACCGAGGAAUUCCCCCCUGGCACGGCCUCUCUGUCCCCCCUGGAGCUGCUCCCUCGCCUUGCUUGGCCAGGAGGAGCCCGUGGAGAGCUGCCCCAGCAGCUCCUGCGAGCUGGGGGUGGCGCUGCUGGAGCGCUCCUGCCCGGGCCCCGACCCGCAGCUGCUGCGCAGGAUCGUGGCGCAGGUGGAGUUCUACCUGUCCGAUGAGAACCUGGCCAGGGACGCCUUCCUGCUCAAACACGUGCAGAAGAACAAGAUGGGCUUUGUCAGCAUCAAACUGCUGACAUCCUUCAAGAAGGUGAAAUACCUGACCCGGGACUGGCGCCUCACCCUCUACGCCCUCAAGUUCUCGGCGCUGCUGGAGGUGAACAAGGAGGGCACCAAAGUCCGGCGGCGCCUCCCCAUCCCCGAGCACCUGCUGAGCGUCCCCCCGAGCAAGCUGCUGCUGGCCUGGGAGCUGCAGCCGCGGGAGCAGGACCUGCCCCUGCAGAAAAACUUCCUGGACACCAUCACCAGGAUGUUCAGCCCCUUCGGAGCCAUCGCCUCCAUCCGCCUGCUGCGGCCGGGCCGCAAGCUGCCCUCGGACGUGCGCAGGUACUCGGCGAGGUUCCCGGAGCUGCUGAGCCGCUGCUGUGCCCUGGUGGAGUACGAGAGCCUGGAGAGCGCCCGCAGCGCCGCCGACAGCCUCGGGCACCGCGACUGGCACGGCAGCAUCAGGGUGGUGCGGCUCUGCGGGAAGGGAGGAAGGAAGAAAUUCAGCGAGGAGAGAGCGCCUUGGAAGGCGUCGCCGGCGGCUCUGAGCUUCCCCCGCAGCCCCAGGGAGGGUUCCCUGCCCUGCAGCGCUCCCGAGCCCGAUGAUGCUGCAGGGUCGCUGUCCUUCCUCCUGGACCAGGAGCCGCUGGCACCGACCUGGCCGGGCAGCGAUUUCAGAGAUCCCAGCGCCUUCCCCGGCUCCUUCCUCCCUCCGCUCGGGGCGGGCACCGAGAGCCGCCCGAGGGCUGCGCCGGGGUCCUGGACACCUUGGGGCAGCGGCCUCUGUCCCAAAGGUGCCCCCGGUGAUGCCCAGGGGGUCUCCGAGCCCCUCGGCCUUUGGGACGGGGUCCUGGCCCUGCCCCGCAGCCCCGAGAGCUUCAGGAGCAGCUUCGGGAGAGAAGAGCUCGUCCUGCGGCGCUGA